AUGCCCUUGUCCACGGCAUUCUUGAACCUUUCCAGAUGGUUUGCCAUCAUAUCAUUGCGGUUGUCACAUGCCAUAAUCAACAACCUCACUGAUAAUAACGUGACAAGGAUGUGGCCUAACAGAAGGGCAGGGGAGGACGAACGGCUCUACUUAGUUCAUAAUCAGGGCACUGCUGGAAUCAAUACCCGGUAUCCGCUGAUCGUCAAGAAGUUCCAGAAUGUGAACCCAACACUACGAGUGGACGGCAAUGUAAGGUACCGCUACAAGUCGGAGAUGAUCAUGUUAGCCAGCAAUUCUCACGACAACAUCAUCAAAGUCGUAGACAUCAUCCAGAGGGAAGACGCCAUCAUGCUCGUUUAUGAGUAUCCGGUGAAUGGCAGCCUUCAAUCCUGGCUGCACCAACCCAUGGAUGUCGGUCAGCAGCUACGCUGGCUGGAGAGGAGGGUCAUCACCGUUGGUGUGGGCCAAGGGCUCUGCCACUUGCACCACGGAUGCAAUAAGCCGAUUGUCCACCACAACAUCAGCUCAGACAACAUCUUGCUUGAUCGGAAUUUCAAGGCUGUGAUAGCCAGUUUUGGCGAUGCCCAGAUGACCACUGUCGACGCAGAAGGAAAGCUGAAGAACAUGUUCUGGUGUGAUUCCCAGUCACGUCGGGAUUACCUUGACUUUGAUGAUGUAAUCGUCUUCGACAGCACUUACAAGAUGAAUAGGUACGGAAUGCCAUUCAUACCUUUUAUUGGUCUAAACAAUCAUCGUUGCAACACUGUGUUCGGUUGUGCAGUUGUGUCAGAUGAGACGGAGGAUACAUACGUUUGGGUGUUGCAUACCUUCUUAAGAGCUCAUUGUCAAAAGAAGCCGAGGUCUGUAAUUACUGAUGGAGACGCAACCAUGAUAAGGGCCGUCAGGAAGGUCCUUACUGACGUGUGGCAUCGACUAUGUUCGUGGCAUAUUGAGAAAAACAUGCAGAAACACCUCCACCACAAGUCCCUUAAGGAGUUCAG